AUGAAUGUUAGUACAUUGCUUCAGCGUCAGUUGGAAUUGCAUGGGGCGCUUCGGCGUCCACCCCAAACGGUAGGUCAGCUCCAGGAAGUCCACCGAGUCAUGAAGGAGUUGCUGAGUUUUUUUCAGAGUGUGAGGUCCACAGCGAGCGAGCUGGGAAGCUCACCAGAAACCGUUUUCCAGUGUCUUAUGCACAUUGGUAUGGGAGACGUUCUCAGUUUUGACAGACAGCGACGUGAUGGUGCGGUGCCGAUGCAUCAAGCAAAGGUUCUGUCUCGGACCAAUGCGAUUAAAUUGGAGCCACGUCUUCGAACUGCAGUUCCUGCUGAUGCGUUAGAUUCUAUGGUGGCCCUUAGCAAAACCACUCGAACUCUGCUGCGCAUUAAGGUGGAGGAUGGUAAUGAUUUCUCCAUUGCAGAAGAUGCGUUGCGGCAAUCCAUAGAGUACUUGGACUAUAUUGAUACAGUCUCAAGAAACGUUCCUGAGAUCAUGUUCAAAUUCUACAUGGUGGAGGAUGAGGCAUCGUUGUUAACGUUAUUAGGUCACGGCGGUUCGAAGAAAUUGCGUGGGCCCUCUGAAAAUGGGGCCUUCACAGAAAUAAUGACUGCUUUGCCACGUGACGAAGACCUGGAAAAAGAAAUCUGCCAACAGGCGGACGUGUGUGCAUCUACGACAGAAUCAGCAGGAAAUAGAGUAAAUGCCCUGCGAACCAUCAAUUGUUGGAUAAAUGGGAUGGACGAAGAUCAAUUUCUUCACCAUAUCCUUCAUGUGGCAUCGCAUCUUUCAGGCCCCUUGUCCGUCUGCGCUGCGGAAAAGCGUUCUGCAGUUUGCCGACAGGCGUGUAAUGCUUUGGUGAGUAUUGCAAAAAGAACCCCCGCAAGGUUCUACCACGAGGGUCCACUGAAGGCGGCUCUCACCAGGUGGUGCUCUGUCCUUGUGCGCGGCAUCUUUGUCACGGUGUCAGCAAUUGCACGUGCCACACACGCGGCUCUUCGGGCCCUUGUUGUGGGCAGCGGAGGCAAUGCAGCGAUGUUAAAAUGCAUCUUAGACAGUUUAGAAUCCGCCGCACACCCGGAACUGCGGCGCAAGUGUUUGGGGUAUCUUGUUCUUGGAGUUGUCGCUUCGCAGGGUAAGGUCUGCGCACUCUGCCCUGGCCUUGCGGCGGUGUCGGUGAAGUACAUGGAGAUUGGAGACAGUGCAUCUAGGAAGAUGGGAAGAACACUUUAUAUCACCCUCGUACACUUCGGUGGGGUGUCCAACGUGAUGGUCAACCGGAAAUCCGAGUCUCUCAUUCGUCAAGAGAAGGUGGAGCUAAGCGCGGUUCUGGAUGACGUCGAGGCCGUUGACGAAAUUUUAUUUGGCGCGAAUUUAGAAAGGCGGCGCUCAACUGUCUUAAGCGUGCGGCGUGACACGGCCCACUUCAACACGCCCACUGCAUCCUCUGCAACGAAGGCAGAGCGACAGAAACGCGCGUCACCCGUCACUGGGGACAUCUACGAUACCUCUGUCUGCCUCAGAGCGCCUAAUACGCUGCGUGAGGGGGUGCAGCCAACGAGGCUUCCCACUGUUUUCUCGCGGGAGAACAGCAACCGUAUGAAGAUGUCUGCUGGGGGUCAACUUCAGCCACUUCUGCAGCUGGACAAUGAUACUUUGCCUACUCAACCAACACAGCCAAAAGACGUGAAGUUGAGCGUUUCACUGCGCCGCAAGAUUGAAGAGGCUUCUUCUCUUCCCGCCUUACGUCACUGA